AUGGCCACUCUUCGAACUUUGUUGCUUACUCUAAGCGCAGCGGCUACCGUCGCAAAUGCCGAUAACCUGAAGCCUUGCUUGCGGGAAGCUGUGAGCAAAGUUGCGUUUUCUGGAGACCUUCUUUACCAGGCUGUGGAUGUGGAGGUCUACAACUUGGACUACCCCGUCACUCCUGCGGCCGUCGCUUUCCCAACCACUGCGGAAGAGGUCUCGGCUAUUGUUAAGUGUGCCGCCAACAAUGGAUAUCCUGUCCAGGCGAAGAGUGGCGGUCAUAGCUACGGGAACUACGGUCUCGGUGGAGUCGACGGUGCCGUCGCCAUUGACAUGAAGUACUUCCAGCAAUUCUCGAUGAACACAACAAGCUGGGAAGCAACAAUCGGUAGUGGCACACUCUUGACAGACGUGACCGAGCGCCUUCACAACGCCGGAGGUCGAGCUAUGUCACACGGAACAUCUCCUCAGAUCGGCGCUGGCGGCCACUUCACCAUCGGAGGACUAGGACCAACAGCACGACAGUUCGGUAUGGCCCUAGACCACGUCCUAGAAGCGCAAGUAGUCCUCGCGAACGGCAGUAUCGUCCAAGCAUCGGAUACACAGAACCAAGACGUAUUCUGGGCCAUCAAAGGCGCAGCAUCAGGCUUCGGAAUCGUAACCGAAUUCAAAGUCCGCACAGAACCCGAACCCGGCACAGCUGUUCAAUACGAAUUCAGUCUGAAGAUCGGAUCUACCUCAGAGCGGGCCGCACUAUUUAAACAGUGGCAAGCUUACGUCUCAAAUCCAGACUUAACCUGGAAACUUGCCUCAACUCUCACACUGGCGAUCGACAGCGUGAUCAUCUCAGGUACCUACUUCGGUACGAAGGCAGAGUACGACGCGCUAGAUAUCGGCUCCCAGUUCCCGGGCGCGAACGGCAGCGCAAUCGUGUUCGAAUCCUGGCUCGGUCUCGUCGGCGAAUGGGCUGAAGAAGUAGCACUAGAGCUAGGAGGUGGUAUUCCAGCUCAUUUCUACUCGAAGUCUACUGCGAUGACAGCUGAUACAUUGAUGAGCAAUGAGACCAUCGAUGAGUUCUUCGAGUACGUUGAUAAUACCGCUCAGGGCACGUUGCUUUGGUUCCUUAUCUUCGAUUUUGAGGGCGGUUAUACCAAUACGAUUGCAUCCGAUGCUACCUCCUACGCGCAUCGUGAUGCACUGAUCUGGUUGCAGACGUACUCUAUCAACUUGCUUGGCGAUGUGACUCAGACUCAGAUUGAUUUCUUGGAUGGUGUCAAUGAUAUCGCGACGAUUGACAAGGCUGCGUAUGCCGCGUACCCUGGAUACGUUGACCCUCGUUUGUCCGAUGGUCCGGAGGCGUACUGGGGUGACAACUUACCGCGCCUGCGGAAGAUCAAGGAGGAGAUUGAUCCUAACAAUGUGUUCCGUAACCCACAGAGUCCUUCGCCUGCUGCGUGA